AUGAGGGCUGUUAGUUUUGUUAAAAGACUGCAAUGGGAUUUACCUGGUACUGUGUGCAGACAUGGAUUGACAAUAGGAGAUGUAGAUAACGAUGGGGACAAUGAAUUAGUUGUUGGUACAGCAGAAGGAGAACUUUAUAUUUUCAAAGGAUCAGAGCUGUGGCAGAAAAUACCAGGUUUAGGUAUUGUGACCAGCGUAGCUAUAGGAGAUAUUUUCAAUUACGGACGAAACGCGCUAGUAGUGAUUUGUGGAGAUGGCUGGGCACAUAUUUUUUACAGUCCAAGAUCUGUUAAUCCUAGUACUAUUAACGCAACAUCCGCUCAGCAAUUAGUUAAAGAAACAGCUGAUCAAGAUAAUAUUAAAAGUGGCUAUGCAAACGUGGAUAUCGUGACAGGUGUUAAUAUGACAAAUUCUCAGAGUUCAGAUCAAACGGAUGGUAAUAGCGACGGGAACGAGUUAUCUGGUAAAAUGGAAUGUGUUCAUGUACAAAGAAUCCCAACAAAUACAAAGGUAGUGUUAGUAGCCGAUGUAGAUAGAGAUGGUGCAAACGAGAUGAUUUUAGGCUUGACCGACCGCGUAGUUAGGUCUUACAGAUGGUCAAGCAAUUUAGAAUUAGGAAGAGGAAAGUUAGUUGGAUUAAAUAAGUGGGAGUGUGCCAAUCAAAUAGGAACAGUUACAUUGCAACAUACGGCGGAUGGUACACCAACGUUAUUAGUUGCUCAACCCGGAGGAACGUUCAUGCGUAUUAAAUGUAAUCCCAAAGAUGGCCAUUUAGAGGAUGAAGCUCACAAAACAGACGAUGAAUCAGCAGCAAGCUGCGUAGAUUAUCAAACAUUGGGAAUAUCGCGAAUGCGUAAUCAAAAUAUAUCGACAGAAAUUAUAGGAGAUUUGGAACCUACAACAGAGAAUAAAACGUCGAACGACGAAAGUAAAGACUCUACAGCCAAGCAGAAUGUUUCGAGUGAAAUUCAACACAAUAGAAAUUUAAAAUCUGGAUCAUCGGAAUUUAAAGAAAAUAAUCCACAAUCGGAACUAAAGAAAGAUAAUUUGGGUACAGCGGAAGUAGAGAAAGCCUCCGAAAAAACUGAUCCUCCGACCACAGAUCAAGUCGAUGGUAAUCUCAUAGGGGGCAAUUUAAUUCUUGGCGACUACGACGAAAAAACGGAAAAGGACUCGUCGUUAUCUGCGUACAAACAUUUGUCUUGUUCAGAAAAUGUCGACAAUAAUAACACCGAAAAUUUCAAAUUAAAAGAUAAAUCCGAAGGUACCACGAAUACCGAACAAAUUUCAUGGCAGGGAAAACCUUACGCUCUUGCCACUUUAGAUGGGACAAUAAUGUUAGUGAAGGAUGAAAAUAUUUUAUGGUCCAUGCAAGUAGAUCGUCUGAUAUUCGCUUUGUGUCGACUAGACGUAACCGGAGACGGUUCUGACGAAAUAGUGGCUUGCACGUGGGAUGGACAAACUUAUAUUUUAGAUCAACAACGAAACAGCGUACGCUUUCAGUUCGAGGAGCCGGUUAGGGCAUUUUGUACCGGUAACUACAACGUUUCCCCCGGGAUUUCAACACCUUGUCUUGUAUAUAAUACUUUUAAUAAUAAGAUUUUCCUUUACUACGACGUUACGCUUCCAAGUAUGGUCAUCAAAUCUUUCAACCCUCUGGAGGAGCUCGACCCUGAAGAGAAAAAGACUUUAGAUGAUCUCUUACAAAACUGUCACGGUACGGAAAGACAACAAAGAAUGCAACAGUUCACGGAAUGGUUGUUAUACGGAAUAUCUUAGAAUUACGUAAUACUAUAGUUUGUAUAUAAAAUAAAAAAAAUACUAGCAUAUUCUCGUAA